AGAAAGAUGGCGGACGACCCGAAAAGUACCCUUGCAUUGCUGAACGGCAUAGCACGGCGAAAUUAUUACGGAGAUAAAGAUAUAACUGACAGUUUCCUAAAGGAUGAAAUAUAUCCUGAUCUCCCAGAAGACCAGUUUAGUCAAUUACUCUCGAGAUGUUCUUCUUUGUUAAAGAGUAUGGUGUCGGCAGACAUGGAUAUGACCCAGCUUGAAGCUUUUAUCACUGCACAGAUGAAACGAAAGGAAGGAGCACUAUCAGAAACCCAAGCUAAUGUGUUCAGGAAGUUCUGGAAAACUAACAAGACAAAAGUACAUGACAGUAUUGUGGCUCAUACAACGUGGGGUAAUUCCCUUCAGAAAGUGUCAUGGAGAAUUGACUUGAAAUCCCAGGCUCGUCACAUAGAUGAGAUCAACACUCCAUCAGCCAUUAUGGAAUUGCACGUCAGUGAUGGACAGAAUAUUGAAAAAACUGGUGAUGUUGUUCGUUUUGAAAUGGAUGAAGACCAUUUAUCAUCAGUCUUACAAAGCAUGCAAGAGAUUGAACAAGAAAUAGCCAAAAACUCACAGCAGUGAUAUGUCCAUGUUGUUUUCACCAUUCCUUUCUAUAAUGAGCUCUGGAAUAUCUCAACAUUAGACAGAUAUCUGAUCCACUCACCAUAUAUACAUGUGCCAUUAUUUUAAAUAAUUUUUUCAAAAUUUACACUUUUCUUCUGAAAAAUAUCAUGUGUUUACUCAAAGUAUUAUAAAAAAUCAACAACACUAAUUACAUGCUAAAUUUGACAUCUAUCUAUAAUUCUCCACAUCAAUCAGUUGAAGCAGAUUCCAUGCCUAAUAAAUCUGAGUGUUCUGUCCCUUGUCCAUCAUGCACAGACUUUGCCAAAUUAACUCCCUUUGUUUUCCAAGAAGAGACAGCCGAUUGCACCUUUAUUGAAAUAGGAAACGUUUGGUGGAGAUUGUAGUUAUGUAGAAUUCUAUCUUUCAUCUCCAGACUGAGGCCAAGAAAUCUGUUUCCAAUAAACAGAAAAAGAAUGGCAUUGUAACGGUUUUAACUUUGGUAACAAGAGUGUCUGAAUGUGAGACACAUGGACUGUAAGUACAGAGAAACUAUUUUUAAAUAAUGACCAUAGAACCUCAGCCAUGUUGUAUCUGUUGAAAGGGCAGAAAGUUUUCAUCACAUCACAUUUUGCACAAGUUCAUGAUUUGUGUAGUUUGAUGUGAUAUUUAAAUUGUAUUAAAUAGUUAUGUAACUGAAAAUAAAUCUCUUCAUGAAAUGGAGAUGAAAUAUA